AUGCUCAGCGCCUGCGGCUCUCUCGGGAACGCACCUCGCGGAGCGGACAGUCUGCUGGACAUCAUCAAUCCGCAAACCUCCCCGACGACCGCCGCGAUCCUCGCGACCGACGAGUACAACGCCGAGAACCGAUACCGAGGCACAACUAUGCUCGCCGCCGCACCAUUCGGUGGUGACCCAAUCUACCUCGAACUCUAUAUCGACGGCACCGAUGACCCCGAUCCCGGAGUCCGCGCCACCUGCAUCCGCGCACUGGGACGCCACGGCGAUCCGGUCCACGCUCCAUAUCUCAUCAACGCGCUCGAUGAUGAAGACAGCAAAGUCCGCAUCGCCGCGGCUCGCGCGCUCCAACGCGUGCAUACAGAUGAUGCGAUCCCCGCUCUCAUUGAAACAAUCAAAGAAGAACAAGAACCAGAAGCCGAUGCGCGUGCCGCUGCUGCUGAUGCGUUGGGACAGUAUCGCGAGCCGUUCGUUGUACAAUCACUCAUUGCAGCACUUCGUGAUUCCAGAUUGGUUGUGAACAACCGCGUUCAGCACUCGCUCAAUGUGAUGACUGGUCAGGACUUUGGUGUCGAUCACGCGGCAUGGCUCCGCUGGUACAACGAGACCGACGACCUCUUCGCUGCUGGACAGUUGUAUACCUAUCCAGUCUUCAAUCGCAAAAAGCGGAUCGUCGAGUACCUCCCGUUCGUGCCUCAGCCGCCGAACGAAGAAUCCUCGACCCCAGUCGGAUGGGCCGUGGUCGCACCGUCGCUCGUGCUCAUCACCGAAUCUGACAUCGACGCGAUCCGCAAUCACCGCCACGACACGAUACUGGGACAUCAGUUUGUUGGGAUCGUUCUCGAUGCAGACGACCACGAAUUGAUCAAUAAGCGAGUUGUUGCAGAUGUCAAUAUUACUGAUCCGCAGUCAUCCUUUGCAUUGCGUGGGAUCGGUCAGCACGAUCCAGAUCGAUCCAUCCUCGGACUCCGGAACACGCCGGGAUGCUUGAGCGAACGAUUCCAAAUCCCUCAGCGCAAUCUCAUCGUUGUCCCAGACGGCAUCGAGGACGAGCGAGCAGUAUUCGCUUCCCAACUCGCCGCCGCGAUCCAUGUGUCGCGCAUCGAGCGCAUAGUCGGAAAGACCUUUGUCACCGUGCUUGGAGGAGAUCUGUCUGCACUGCUCAUCGCGCAGAUCAUGAGCUCGCAAAACGCAUCAGUCCGUUUGCUCACCACGCGCCCCGAUCGACUGGAGUUGUGCGCCAAGUGGGGAAUCAAGCACCGAGACCUGACUGAGGUUGGUCGCCGAGCGGAUCAGGACAUCGUGAUCGAUACGCUCUCGGAACCAGAUUCCAUACCCACAGCACUCGCGAUGGCACGACCUCGCGGCGCGGUCAUCCUGCAAAACAACCCGAUCCCGGCGAUCACCGACGCACAGAUGGCACCUGAAGACCUCGCGAUGCUGAUCGAGCGUGAACUCCGCAUCUCAGGAUCCCGCUGCGGCACGCUCAGCGAUGGCAUCAGCGCGUUGCAAUCCGGAUCGAUCGAUCUAUCAGGACUCAUCACCAAACGCGUAAGCUUCGAUGAGGUGAUGUCAGGGAUGCGCGCCGCGAUCGAACCAGAGCACAUCGCCGUGCUCGUUCAGAUGUCAUGA